UUAGGUGGCAUCGAUUCUUAUAGAAAUGAAGAGCAAAGUGACUGGACUGCCCUGAAUCAUAGUCAUAGAGACGUCCUAGUAACUUCUCAUCAUCUUCUAUUUGAUAGAUAUGAAAGUAGAUUCUUUGUUAAGGUCUACUGA